AUCGGGCUCUCCGGAUAGUCAACAUUCACAAUGAAAGCUUUCCUCACCGUUCUGUUUUUGGCAUCGGCGUCUGCUCAAUUGCCUCCGAUGAUGAGCAGCUACAUGCCGUACGGCGGAAUGCCGAUCGUCUCCGGGCCUCCCGUGGUCAAUUCACCUCCCAUGGUGACGAGAUCGUCGAUGAUGUCAGGAGCUCCCUUGUUGUCUGGAUCUUCGAUCAUGUCUGGCGGUCCAAUGAUUUCAGGGAGUUCGAUCCUAUCGAGCGGUGGCAUGCAGCCCGUGGAAGUUCGCGACGAAAGUUGCGUGGUCCGAUGUGUUCGACAAUGCCAGAACGAAGGUUCGUCGGCCAUGCGCACCGUAGAUUUGACCAGUUUCCAACCGAGCCGGGGAAACAACGGAGGCACUAACAACAACGGUUUCAACGUGGGUCUGACAGCUGAUUUCCCCUCCGGCAUGUCGUCAGAAACAUCGCGGCUCACCAUUGCCCCAUCCACGAAAGGAUCGUCGCAGGGACAAAUCUCCGUCAAGGGAUGAGAGCGUUCAGCAGUUUCAACUUCAAACCUUGCGCGUGGUCAAUUCAAUUAUUUGAGUGUACAACAGAAAUGCCUAUAUGUCAACCGAAUAAAUCAGUGGAGCUGU